AUGGAUGUAUAUGUCUCUGUUCCCGACGCGGAUGAGGAUCUUAGUCUUUUACUGGAACGGCUGAAAAAACUGUACAAGGUGGCCGUACAAAUAACUACUAACCAUAUUCGAAUAACUGGAUCACCUGAGGAAAUAUUUCUGGCUCAGAAUUGUGCUCUUCGUUUCAUCGGACCUGAAUCAAUGUUGGCGAUUCAUGUUGAUCUGGAAUUUCUUUCGUUAUUCUUCAGCCCCAGUCUUAUUCAACACUUUGAAGAUAUGUAUCAGGUGUUCUUUCUCGUCAAACGACCACAAGGGCUGUUGAUCAAAGGUUCGGAUAGAGCCACUAAGCAUGUGCAUAAAAUCAUUAAGGAUUUGGAGAAUAAUUGUCUGACGUGUAAGAGUGCAAUGGAUCAGUUCAAAUUAAACAACCUGAGGCUCCUAUGUUACAAGUUUCGUGUACAGUUCAGUGAACUCCCGGAUAAGGAUUCACUCCGAGUUGCGCUGCUGGGUUACUUCUGCUCCCUAUUGGACCCCGGUUCUAACAAACUCCCUCAAAUGGUCGCCAGCUCUCAACCUCCUUUUGUAGAAGCAUAUCGAAAGGAUCCUGGUAAAGACUGCGGUAAGUAA